AUGAAGAUCCUGAAGAAGACGCAGUCAGACGUCGCACUCGCGAUCGAACCGGACGCAAAGAUGACUUCGUUCCAGAAAAGCAGUUUCCAGGAGAACAUUAAGUUUUUUAUUAUAAUCGGACAGUGUUUCGGAUUGAUGCCUUUGGAGGGCAUCACCAACAAGAACGUUAGGGAGUUGAAGUUCACGUGGAAGUCUUGGAAGUUUUUGUACUGUUUGUAUAAUAUUUCUGGGGCCUUUGUUACCAUGAUAUUUUGCUGCAUCAAGUUCACAAUGUAUGGACUUACCAUUGACGAAUUAGCUCCGUUUAUGUUUUACGUGUGGAACUUCUUCGCCGGUGUCCAAAUGAUCCAAAUAUGUCGCAACUGGACCCACUUGUUGAAGGAGUGGUCCAUUGUGGAGAUGUCCAUGAGGAAUUACAGUUUUAUUUUUAACUUGAAAAGGAAAUUCGUGUCAAUCUCUUUGUUGGUCAUGACCAUAGCUUUGACUGAACAUAUUUUAUUCAUCACCAACGCCGUAAUAGACGCCACCCACUGCUCCAAUUUUAAUGAAAUGGGCUUUGAAAUUUAUUUUAGAAUGGCGUUUCCACAUUACUUUAAGGUCGUACCUUUUUCGGUUGCUAUGGCGAUAUUUUCCGAAAUUGCCAACAUUUUGUGCACGUUUACUUGGAAUUACACAGACAUUUUUAUAAUACUCAUUUGCACUUCAUUAACCGCAAGGUUCACUCAAAUCAACAGAAGACUUAAGUACAAUAAGGCAAUGCACGAACAGUUCUUCAAAGAAGUACGUAUUGACUACAACAGAUUAACCCACUUAACUUAUGUGGUCGACAAGUUAAUUUCACCACUUGUUAUGGUCUCUUAUAUUGAUAAUAUUAUCUUCUUGUGCAUUCAACUCUAUCAAAGUCUAAAGGAAAGAAGUGGCCCUGUUGAAACCUUGUACUUCUUUUAUUCCUUCGGAUUCCUUGUAUUAAGAACAAUCACAGUCAGCAUGUAUGGAGCAUGGCUCUAUGAUGCUACAAAAAAACCGCUGAGAUAUUUAUGUUCCGUACCGUCUGAGUACUAUUGCAACGAAGUUGAUAGAUUUGUUCAGCAAGUUGCCUCCACUAGAGUCGGAAUUUCCGGUUCCAGAUUUUUCAUUUUGAACCGAACUUUUUUGUUGAGAAUGGCUGGUACCAUCAUAACCAUUGAACUGAUGAUUUUUCAGUUUGGCCCAAAAAUUGACAACUCUGUUUCGUACAUAGAUAAAUGCGUACAAUAG